GUGCCCCGGUGUGCGGGCUCGAGCCCUCGGCGCCCAGAUUGCGGAGUCGCGGCUCGGGCCCGGAUCCCGGGCCAGGCUCCGCCGCCACCGCCAGACCCUGAACGUGGCGGGGAGGGCGGAGGUGCAGCCCCUGGAAGGCGAGUUGGCGGGAAUAAGUCAAUGUGGGCGGCGUGCGGACCCCGGUGCUGGCCGCCGCGCGAGUCUCUAGAGUGUGUCGCGGGCUCGGGUGCGGGUCGGACGGCCUUUGCUCCUGCUCCGGGUGGACACACGCGUCUCCGUGCACCUUCGCUCCUUCCGCUGCGCGACCGCCUCCGGCCUCCGAGCAGGCGGCCCCCAGCACCCCCCCGCCGAGCCCUUCGCGUGGAGCCCUGGAACCGACACAUCCCUCUGGCCUGCCGCGGCCUCCGCGGGGCUCCUCGCUCCCCCCAUUCCCAGCCGAACGGCUUUCAGGGCCGCCUCCUGGGCGCCGACUCAGAGUCCGGGCCACAGCGGGAAGGGGGAGACCCUGCCUGGCGGCCUUCCCGGAGCUCGCGUUGUGGGGGGGGUUCGGCCGGGGUCUAGGGAAGCAAGCGCGCGUUUGAGGGCGAGAGCUCUGGAGAACGCGUGAACGGAGGGGUGAGUCCGUAAGCUGAGGGAGGAGAGUGGAGGGAAAUCGUUGAGGGGCUGGUCUGGCCAUUGAUCCUGGGCCCCGGUGGACAGACCAUCCCAGGAGCAGGCAGGACGCUCCUCUCCUGCCCCCUCCCUCCCCGCGGGGAAGAUCACUUCCUUAUUUCCUUGCCUCGGAGGCCCCUCCAGACGUCUAGACCCCCUAAAGGUGCCCAGAGUCACUUGUCCUUGAAGGUGUGCCCAGGUGUGCGAGGUCGCCCCUUACCCGGGCAGACACCCUUUGCAUACGCAGACCUGCGCGCCGCCGACACACCUCGGAGCUCCCGGAGCGCGCCCGGCUCUCAGGACUCACAGGCAGGUGCCUCGCCGCGCAGACUCGCCGGGCGCGGGGACCGGCUCGGGCGCGGGGCCGGCUGGGGCGGGGCAGCGGCGCGCGUUCCCCGCCGGCCACACCGGCCGCCUUGCGCCCGGCGAGGGGCGUGUGCUCGGGCCCGGAAUCCUUGGGCCCCAUGUUCACGGAGCUGAGGACCAAGCUGAGCCCCCCGCGAGGCCGCGCCGGGGCUGUGCGUGCCGGCUUCGGGGAGCGCCGGGAUGUGGACGCCGCUGCCCAUUUGAGCUUCUGCCGAACCCUCCUGGAACACACGGUGUCUGCCGAGAGCAUCCCCUGCCACCUCCCUCGGACACCAGGCACCAGCCUCACGUGGCAUGAUUCCCGUAGCCAGAGGGCCGCCGGUGGCCGGCCAGUCAAGCUCCUGCAGCAGCCGGGCACGGAAGCCCCCCAGGCCCGGCUGUACUCUGACCACUACGGCCUGUACCACACAAGCCCCUCCCUGGGUGGCCUGACAAGGCCCGUGGUCCUGUGGAGUCAGCAGGACGUGUGCAAGUGGCUCAAGAAGCACUGUCCCCACAACUACCUCGUCUAUGUGGAGGCCUUCUCCCAGCAUGCCAUCACAGGCCGGGCGCUGCUGCGGCUGAACGGGGAGAAGCUGCAGCGGAUGGGGCUGGCGCAGGAGGCCCAGCAGCAAGAGGUGCUGCAGCAGCUGCUGCGUCUGCAGGUGCGCGAGGAGGGGCGGAGCCUGCAGCUGCUCAGCCAAGCCUCCUUCGGAAACACGUCCUAGCCGCUGCGUGAGGCUCGAACCCCAGACCCCAGCACUGUGACCAGAGCCUGUGGCAAGGGCGAUGCAGAGCCGGCCCACAGCCCCUCUCGGACCCCACCAGAGGCGCCAGGGGCUGAGCCCGGCCCAGUGGACAGGUGGGACCAGGAUUGCCAUCUCUGGUUGUGCAUUCUGGGCUGUGAGCAGGUGGGGGCUGCUUGGGUGUGGUCCUUCCUCUGGGGACCUGAGCCCAAAUCCACCCUUGGUGCUGCUGGCAGCAUGCGGGGCAGCUACCUGGAGCCAGAGCAGGGUCUGGUGACCCCCCAGCCUCCCAGGGAGUCUAUUAUUUAUAUUCCCCUAACCCACACCCAUGCCUGUGCCCCUAUUGCCUGCUGAGUCACACUUCCUUUGGGCAUCCUGCCCACCCCCAGGGCGAGAGGUCUGUCUGUCUGCCCAUUUGUCUAGUUCUCCACCCUAACCCAGCACUUAGAGGAUUGCUGGCACAAGGGGGAUAAACUGUGGAGGCUCCCUUUGGCGCGUGCCCCCCCAUCCAGAUCACAGCAGCCACUGCCGCCAAGAAGGCCCCCGUGAUUUCUGAGACCCUCACCCCACCCCCACCCACUCCCAGGAACGGAAGUGAGAGAGGUCUGGGGACUGCUCAGGCGCCCGGGACCUAACUCAGCACUACGAGGGCCUCACAGCCAGGAUUGGGCUCAGUUGGGUUGCGGCCUUAGGUUUGGGAACCUGGCUCCUGCUCCUCCCACGUUGGGGAGUAUGUGUAUUCUCACUGCUCCUUUCCCAGGAAAAUCCGAAUUCACAGAAGAGACAGUCCUGAGGCCUGCAUCCCCCACACCCACCCACCAGAGACCCAGCCAGCACCUGAGCCACCACUCCAUGGGCCAGGGGGCCCAUGGUUUGGGCCUGGUGCUGUCUGGAGAAGGACAGGGAGGGUGAUCCUGAUAGCCCCCCACCCUCUGGCUCCUUUGCCUUUCCCCUCCCUCAGGAACUCUGAAAAUCUCGGGGACACAUGAGGCUGAGCCUCCAGCCUCUUCUCUGUGCCCUGAGCUGGCCUCCAGGUGGGAGGCUGGUUGCAGGUCCUGAGUGGAAUUUGGACCACUGGCCUGGUGCCCUCCAUCCUGUAGGCCCAUACAGGAAGCCCCCGUGUCCUGUCUGGCCACCCUGAUUGUCCCAGCCCACCCUGUGCCAUCACAACGUUGUCUUUUCCGGAGGAUCUUUCCUAUCACUGCCCCACCUUCUCCCUCCUUUGUCUUGCCCCCCAUGCCCCCAUGCUCUUGUCUUGUCUUCUUUGUUUUGCGCUUUUUUAUAUUCUGACCAAAAGACCAGAAAUAAACCCGGUUCUCAAGUGC